AUGCCAAAAAUUUCGUCGUCUCAACCACAAAAAUCCAUCGACAUCGCAGCCUGGAGUAUACCGAAAAACAUAGCCCUAGCUGACGACACAUUCAACACAUUCGGUCCGAUUGAUUUGCUAAUUGGAGCAAGUCUCUUCUUUGACAUCCUGUCAGUAGGCCAGAUAAAGAUCGGAGAGGAGCUGCCAAUACUUCAAAAGACUCAAUUGGGAUGGAUAGUGGCUGGUGCAAUCAACUCAUGCUCAGCGCUAUCAUCAUCAUCAUUAUCAACAGCGGUGUCAUUGUUGAAAUCCGUCAAUCCACCAACACUUACACAAUCACCAUUAGACGAGUCUUUAGAACGCUUCUGGAGACUUGAAGAUACUGCCCGUCAUCAAGCAAAUUCACGAACAUCACCCGAAGAAGAAUGCGAGGCUCACUUUCGUCAAAAUACCACUCGUUGUCCGCUAACGAAUAAAUUCAUCGUUCGACUACCAUUUUCUGAAGAGCCAUCCGUACUUGGACAAUCAAUCGACAUAGAAAAGCGACGUUUUUACGCAAUGGAAAAAAGGGUGCUACGCGAUCCAGUACUCAAGACUGAAUACAGUAAAUUCAUGCAUGUGUACAUAGAGCUUAAGCACAUGACGUUGGUAGAUCCGCAUGAAUUCACCGCUAAGGUGGGCACGUAUAUUCCACACCAUUGCGUCAAAAAAAUGGACAGCUCAACGACCAAGCUACGGGUGGUGUUUGACGCUUCGUGCAGCACCUCCAAUGGAAGGGUCCUCAACAGCAUUCUUCGCGUUGGACCCAAUCUACAAGAUGACAUCGUAACAAUCUUGUUAAGGUUUCGCACUCAUCGAUACGUUCUAAUGGCCGAUACAGCCAAAAUGUAUCGGCAAAUCAUUGUAGAUCCAAGGGAUGCUAAGUGGCAGUGCAUUCUGUGGCGCAACACACCCAACGAGCCACUUGCAACAUACCAGCUGCAAACGGUCACCUACGGAACCAGAUGUGCGCCAUUUUUGGCAGUUCGAUGUUUGCAACAAUUAGCACAUGAAAAUAUGUCGGCAUAUCCAAUUGGAGCACCGAUUACUCUUCGUGAUUUCUACGUCGACAACCUGAUGACUGGUGGUGCUACAAUCGAUGAAGUGAACUCCAUAAAAACCGAAGUCAGCAGUCUGUUAAAAACUGGGGGAUUUCCCCUUCGAAAGUUCGCAUCCAACUCAGAUGACAUCAUAGCCGACGUAGCAGCAGAAGAUCGGGAGCAAAUUGUAAGUGUUGACGACAAAGCUUAUGUCAAGGCUCUAGGUCUCAAAUGGUCUCCAAGGACGGACUGCUUCAUGUUCUCAUACACACCGCCUGGUCAUCAAUCAUCAAAGGUUACCAAGAGAACAAUACUAUCACAGGUGGCCAGCUUUUUCGAUCCGCUUGGCUUGCUCAAUCCCGUCAUGGUAAAAUGCAAAAUACUUAUGCAGCAGCUGUGGAAGCUGCGUCUUGCGUGGAAUGAAGCAGUUCCCCAAUCAAUUCACACUGAAUGGAAGGGUAUGUGCCAUCAGUUAUCGUUCAUCGAUGGCAUUCAGACGCCAAGAUUUUUCGUAUUUUUGCGUAUAUCAAUCGUUUUAUUUCGUCAAUGCGUCAUAUACCAUUUGAAGCUGGUCCCAUUACCGCCAGCGAGUUAG